CGGGGUGAUUCAACAACUUCAACCACUUGCACCCGUCCAGCGACGCAGCUCACUUCGCUGCGUGAUAUCACGUGACAAUCUCUCAGUCGCCGUAAGAACGUCUAUAGUCAUGGAACAGUGUACAUCCACCGGUCAAAUGGCUGGUGUUAGCGACUCCGAUACAAGCGGAACCUCCGCCGUAAAGAUCGUCGAUGGCUUCUUCAGCCCCAAAGUUUCAGACGUGAACGCCGAGCUGUUGCUCUUCAAGAGGUUUAACAAGAUUCCGACGUCCUGGCGCGCUUUCCAGCAACAGAUCGAUUUGCUGAUCAAAAGCUCGCGUAAUGUGAAGGUGGUUUACUUCGUCCGUCAUGCGCAGGGGUACCACAAUCUGGCCGAGGAGAAGUACGGCGUCGGUCGUUGGGAGGACGAGUUCGCGCGAACCGACGAGUUCCUAGACCCGGACCUGACCCCUUUCGGUGUCGAGGACGCUAAGAGCAAAGGAUCGUCGAGUGUCAAGGCCGAAUUGGAGCGAGGCAUGCCGCCCAUCGAGCGGAUAAUUACGUCUCCACUCUCACGAGCGAUUCAGACGGCGCAGUCCUUCCUUACAACUGACCAAGUGCCGAAUCAACCCUUCUUGUGCAUGGAAAACUGCCGCGAAGUGCUCGACUGCUACACGUUCGAUAAGAGACGCCCGCUGUCUGAGAUCAAGCAGAAAUUCCCGUACGUCGACUUCUCAAGGAUGAAAGACGAAGAGGACGUGCUGUGGUCGGCGACCCACCAUGAAACAGAAGACGAAAUCCAAGAGCGAGCGAGGAACUUCUUGUCCGAACUCUUCGAUGCUGUACCGGAACGCUAUGUGGUGGUGGUAUCCCACGUCUGCUUCAUCCAGGCGGUGUGCGCUAUCACCAUGGGCAUUCACUUCCGUCCCGAUAACUGCGAAGUUGUGCCACUGGUGCUCGAGGCCACUUGACAGCGCGAUUGAAACCUCCCUUGCAGACAUUUAACUCGCGGAAUGCAUAGCAACUUAUCGAUAUACUCUCUUUGAACACCGUU